ACGGUUAUCAGAGGGAGAUUUUUCGAUCAAUAUUCACUAAAUCCAUCUCGGAGAGAUAUUAUUUCGUGUACAUUUACAUUUUGCUAUUCCGAGGAUUUUAAUAUGUGAUUUUUCCAAAGUGAAAGUGAAAGCAACUUUGGCGCUGGAUCGCAAGUUGCAGAUGCUGACUAUUACUGUUUAUCACACUAUAUUUUGACAUGGUGUGGAACUAUUUCGUUUUGUCAUGCCUUAUUUUCGGAUAUAUGGAAAUCGACCUGGUUUUGUCCCAGACAUGUAACUGCAAUUCAACCGAAUGUUCGACGGCGUGUGCGGCCGGACAGUUUUACCUCAAUGGUAGUGGGUGUGCAACAUGUCUAGCCGGCUACUAUUGUACGGGUGAUGGCUCAUUAACACCUUGUGUGGCAGGAAUGUACGGGUCUGCCACUGGAGGUUCUGGCAACGGCGUCUGUACCAGUUGUGCAAGUAAUGAGAUCAGUGCGGCGGGGUCAACAGCCUGCACCUCUUGCCCUGCAGGCUUUGAGUGCACCCAGCCCAACACCCAGACAGCCUGUGCAGCGGGCGAAUACUCCCUGAGUGGGGAAAUGGCCUGUACCACCUGCCCCACUGGAAAGUACUGCCCUAACAAAGAUACAGCACCACAGACAUGUUCCAUUGGGCAUGAGCCAAAUUCUAACCAGUCAGGCUGUGACCAGUGCUUGUCCGGCACAUACAGCAGUGAUGGCUCCGAUUGUGUCGCCUGUCCAGAAGGUUACAAGUGCCCAACAGGAGGUAUGAGUGCUCCGACUGCAUGCCCGAGUGGUGAGUACCAGACAGGAACCAGUCAGACAUCGUGCACCACGUGUACAGCAGGCCAUCACUGUGCGGACAAGACGGCGAGCCCUGUUCCGUGUAGUGCCGGGGAAUUCAGUUCUGCUGGCGCCACUUCGUGUACAGCCUGCGCCUCAGGGUCCUACUCUGCCUCUGGUGCCACAGUCUGCACCUCAUGUACAGCCGGCUUCUACUGCUCCUCCAACACCCAGAUCAACUGUGGUACAGGAAAGUAUAGCUCCGCAGGGGCCACUUCUUGCACAGACUGCCCUGCGGGUCAUGCCUGCACGACCUCCACGACCUCCACACCUACUCAGUGUUUGGCAGGGACAUAUGCGGCAGCUGCUGCCUCCUCAUGUACUCUGUGUGAGGCUGGGUUUGAGUGCGCAUCUGAUGGCAUGGAUGCUCCCUCUGCCUGCCCCUCAGGCGAAUACCAGCCCUCCAUUGGACAGACAGCCUGUGUAGCAUGUCCUGCAGGUCAGGAAUGUCCAAGUGUUAAUGGAGCAGCAAGUGACUGUACGGCGGGCUUCUACAGCCCCGAGGGCACAAUGACAUGUCUGGAGUGCCAGGACGGCUCAUAUGCCUCCAGUACACAGUCCUCAAACUGUACCACCUGCCCAGAGGGCUCUGAGUGUACAGACAAAGCAGCUGCGCCAUCACCCUGCCCUGCGGGAGAGUACAGUUCUGCUGGUCAGAAGUACUGCAGUCAGUGUGGGGUGGGGACAUACAAGGCUACAAGUGGACCAGGCUCAUGCGUCACAUGUGAGGCAGGAUUUGAGUGCCCUACAACCACUGCAAGGAGUGCAUGUGCAUCUGGCUACUAUUCACUGGGCAGUCAGGAGAGUUGCCUCCCAUGUCCCGCCGGCUACGAAUGCUCUGACCCUACAGUGAGCCCUGUUGAGUGCACAGCUGGAACAUACGCAAACAACGCGAGCCUCUCAUGUUCUUCAUGUGAUGCUGGUUACAAAUGCCCUACGGCUGGCCUGGAGGAGCAGAUUGCCUGUCCUUCUGGCUGGUACCAGACGGCAACCGGAGAAACAUCAUGCACAGAGUGCCCCCAAGGUAACAAGUGUACGGACCGGACUGCAUCCCCAACUCCCUGCCCAGCAGGAGAAUACCAGGAUGGAACUGGCCUCGAGUCAUGCAAAUCUUGCCCAUCUGGCUACUAUGCAUCAGCGACAGGUGAAACACUGUGUACAAUCUGUCCAGCAGGCUCCCAAUGUGCCGACCCGACUACCAACCCCAGUGCUUGUGCAACAGGGGAGUUCUCUGCCCAAGGUAGCACCUCAUGCACCAGUUGUCCUGCAGGCCACACUUGUGCGGGGAGUGUCGCCACACCUUGUGCUGCUGGCAAGUACGAGGAUAACAAUGUCUGUGUAGACUGCCCAGCAGGGUAUUUUUGUGCGGACCCCACCAUUGGGACGGAGGUGUGCCCUGAUGGGACAUACCAGACGCAGACAGGACAGACAUCAUGUGACAACUGCCCAGCUGGCCAGGAAUGUCCAAGCAAGAAUGAGACGGCUGUCAACUGUGCUGCUGGUUACUUUAGCAACCUUGGAGUCAGUGUCUGCACUCAAUGUCCUGACGGCUACUACAGUGCUGCAGCGGCUGGCAGCUGCUCCCAGUGUCCAGCCGGCCAGAAAUGCUUUGAUGGUAGCAACUAUGUCACACCCACCAACUGUGCUGCUGGAUAUUACAGUGAACUGGGAGACUCAUCAUGCAAAGUCUGUCCUAGUGGCACGACCAGCUCUACUGGGUCCAAUGCAUGUUCAGUGUGCCCAGCGGGCUCGGAAUGCUCAAGUUCUACAGCCCCAUCAUCCUGCACAGCUGGCACUUACAGCCUCGGAGGAACUGUGACAGCCUGCACUGCCUGUCCGGCUGGGUAUGAAUGUCCAAGCACGAGCUCCGCCCCCGAUAUCUGUCCAACAGGUGAAUACUCGACUGGGAAUGCCACCGCCUGUUCAGCCUGUCCCACAGGCCAGUCCUGCGUUGAUCCCACUGCAGCACCACAGAACUGUGCAACGGGAUACUACAGCCCUUUGGGUACAGCAACAUGUUCAGCAUGCCCAGCUGGUUACGAGUGUGAGACAGAUGGAGAUUCUCCUACUGCUUGCGGCACUGGCUACUAUAGCUUGUCCGCAGAAAUGAACUGCACAGUGUGUCCUCCAGGCAGCAUGUGCCCCUUCAACUUCCAGACCCCCGUCGCCUGCUCUUCUGGCAAACAUACAGGCGGCCUCACUGGUCAGACCUCCUGUACCAACUGUGCUGCUGGAUUCGAGUGCCCAGAUCCCAGUUUGGCCCAAAUAGCGUGUGUUGAUGGAGAAUAUUCUCUGACCCGAGCCACUUCCUGUAUCACUUGCCCAGCAGGAUAUGAGUGUCCCACCACAAGUGCUAGCCCAACCUUGUGUUCCUCAGGGACGUACUCAAAUGGUGGUCAAAAAGCAUGUACAACAUGUGGGGCUGGUCAGGAGUGCACUGCCACUGGCAGUGUGUCCACAUGUAAACCAGGUUUUUAUGCUGCCUCUGGAACAGGCACCUGUACCCGUUGUCCUGCAGGCUUCAGCUGCCCGGAUGCUACUGCCUCUGCUCCGUCAGCAUGUUCUGAUGGACAAUAUUCAUAUGCCGGAGCCACUCUAUGUACAGACUGUCCACCAGGCUGGCAAUGCCCCAACCUUGAUGGCACAAACAAAGCACCCUGCCUGUCUGGAUACUACUCCACUGGUCUGCAAAAGGAAUGUACAAUGUGUCUGGCAGGAAAUGCCUGCCCAGAUGUGAACCAUGCCACCAUCAUUGUAUGUGUGACUGGCCAGUACUCCCUGGAUGCCAGUACAGCUUGCACAGAAUGCCCACCUGGAUAUGGGUGCCCCAACACAAACGCUGACACCCAGACAGUGUGUAGUGCUGGACAUUACAGCGAGGGAGGCAGAGCUGCCUGUGUUGAGUGUCCUGCUGGUUAUGAAUGCCCUACCAUCUACGAUGAUUACAAGACCCAGUGUGGUAAGGGCUUCUACUCGGAGGCUGGAGCUAUAGAAUGCAUUGAAUGUGAAGCAGGCAAAGAAUGUCCCAAAAAUAACCAGACUGGUUCAGAUUGUAGUGAUGGCUACUACAGUCUUGGUGGCCUCCAGGCUUGCAAGAUCUGCCCAGCAGGCUACUUUUGUGCCACAUCCGCAAAGGAUGUGGAUCCUGUCAUCUGCCCAGAGGGAGAGUGGAGUGCAGCAGGAGCGACAGCUUGUACUACUUGCAAUGCUGGGUAUGCAUGCCCAGAGGGAAGCACACAAAAUAACCCUGUUCUAGCCAAAUGCUCCAUGGGCUACUACUGCCUGGAUGGCAAAGUUGAGACGGCAUGCCCAGCUGGGAAGUAUGGAGAUAAUGUUGGUUUUGAUAAAGAAGCUGACUGCAAGGAAUGUAUCCAGGGCUUCUACUGUCCGGAGGGAACAGCAGGUCAGCCAACCAAUGACCUGAUCUGUCACCGCGGCCAUUACUGCCUAGAAGGUACAGGCACAUACAAACAAUACCCUUGUAGUGCGGGCACCUUCAAUGAUGACCUUGGCUCAACCAGCAGUUCUGAUUGCACACAGUGUCCUGCUGGCCGCCACUGUCCAGCGGGAACAGACAACCCCCAGAAUGAUGAGUACAAAUGUCCUCGUGGUUCAUACUGCCCAGUUGGAUCUGGAUCUCCCACCAAGUGUGCAGCAGGCACUUACACUGAGGCUGAAAACUCCAAUGACAUUUCAGACUGUAUCACAUGUCCAACAGGCUACUACUGCCCAGAAGGAACAGCCAACACCAUACCAUGCCCUGCUGGCACGUACAACCCUGAUGUUGGGCGUGGCAAUGAAUCCGACUGCCAGUCAUGCCUAGCUGGCCGAGCCUGCACGAAGGCUGGUCUGUCAGCCCCUGACUCUCCAUGCUCCCCAGGCUACUAUUGCCCAGGUGGGAACUCUGCUUACAACCAGGCCGAGUAUGCCUGUCCUGCCGGUACAUUCACAGACUUCACCAACUUGACCCAUGUUGAACAGUGCUCAUCAUGUCCACAGAAGUUUGCCUGCACAGGGGGGACAGGAGGACAACAAAAGGCACCAGAAGCAUGUGGUCAAGGUCACUACUGCCCAACAGGAACUGGGGCUGCAGACCAGUAUCCCUGUCCUGCCGGAACAUACGCCAAUCUCACAAACCUUUACAAGGUGGAGCAGUGUACUGUAUGCCCAAGGGGCUAUUACUGCCUGGAAGGCUCAUCUCAACCCACAGGGCUUUGUGCUGCAGGACAUUACUGCCCAGAUGGAACACCAACAUCGACGUUCUACCCUUGUCAUGCAGGCUCGUAUUCAGGGACAAUGGGGAACACGGCGUGGGAGCAGUGUGAUGACUGCACGAAGGGCAACUACUGUCCUCAGGGCUCUGUCGCCCCCACCCCCUGCACACAAAGAGACAAUGGAACAAGGGGCACGUUCCGGGACAUUACCAAAGGGGAGAGUAUUGAGGACUGUGACUAUUGUACAGCUGGCUACUACUGCCCCAGCGACGGUAUGACCAGCCCCAUCAUCUGUGACAAGGGAAAGUACUCAGACUAUGGGGCCAUUGAGUGUACAGGCUGUGAUGCGGGCAGGUACUGUAACCUCAAUACCACGUCCAUGACCCACAUGAACACCUACCUUAUCUGUCCUGCUGGAACUGAGUGCCCUGGAAAUAUGUCUGUCCAGCCAAAUGUGGUAGACAACCGCUGUCGACAAGGUUAUUACUGUCCACGUGGAGAUGUGAACCCCUGGCCGGUACCCUGCCCUGUGGGAACCUUUAGUAUCAACUUUGGCCUCCAGCAGGUGUCUGACUGUGAAUCCUGUACAGCUGGAUAUUACUGUGACGUGGAAGGCCUCACUGCCCCCGUCGGUGAGUGUCCUGGGGGUCACUACUGCCCACGGGGUACGGGAGACAAGUACUCCUUUGCCUGCCCCAUUGGCUUCUACAGAAAUGGAUCGGCCAAGGAGUCUUUCCAGGAUUGUGCCGAAUGUACAGCCGGCUUCUACUGUGAUGAACAGGGUCUAGCGUUACCAAAGGACUGUCCGAGAGGCUACUACUGUGUGACAGGCAGUACAGCCUACCAGCCGUGCCCUCUGGGUCACUAUGGCAACUCCACGAAUCUGCGUCGUGACACUGACUGUACCCCCUGUCCAGGAGGCUACUACUGUGAUGGCAUCGGACUCACCUAUCCCACAGAUGUGUGUGAUGCAGGAUUUUAUUGUCGAGAAAAGGCAUACACUUCAGCUCCCCCAGAUGGUCUCACGGGUGGCCUGUGUCCUGCAGGUGGCUACUGUCCUUCGGGUUCAGCGACCCCUACUCCAUGUGAAGUUGGCUACUACAGCAAUUACGCUGGGGCCAAGACAAAGUAUGACUGCAUCCCCUGUGACCCUGGAUAUUUUUGUGCUGGGUCCAGCUCUGUGAAUGCCACCCAGGAAUGUUCACCUGGGUAUUUCUGCACAGGUGGUGCCGGAGUUCCAACGCAAAAUGAGACUGAGGCUGGUUAUUACACACUCUCGGGAGCCUUUAAGAUGGAGCCCUGCCCAGGAGGAACCUACCAGCCGGCCAGGCUAUCUGACAACUGUAUUGACUGUCCACAAGGCUUCUACUGUAAUGGUACUGCUACAACUUCACCCAUUAUCUGUCCUGUUGGCCACUACUGUCCACUGAGGAGUGAAUGGCCCACCACUUGUCUUCCAGGUACAUUCAACCCAGAUAUAGGUGAAUAUGAUGAAGCUAUUCACUGUGACAGUUGCACACCCGGUAUGGCUUGUGAACAGGAUGGGCUCGAUAGUCCCAAUAUCAACUGUAACCCUGGGCAUUACUGCUCCAAUGGCUCGAGCACACGAAACCCAAUUAAUGAGACUUUUGGUGACUUGUGCCCACCUGGCUACUAUUGCCCAGAGGCGACGGCCACCUACCAGAACUACCCCUGUCCCAAUGGUACCUACUCCAACUACACUGGAAAUGACAAUGAGAACAACUGCACAGUUUGUGAGGGUGGGAAGGUGUGUAGUGGCGGUGGCCUCACUGAGCCCAACGGUCUGUGUGCCCCAGGCUGGUACUGCUCACAGGGGGCCUACACCAGCACGCCUGAGGAUGGAGGUCUCACUGGGGAUGUGUGUACGCUUGGACACUACUGCCCGGAAGGAACAGGUGUUCCAAUAUCAUGUCCAGAAGGCUCGUAUAUGAAUGAAACAAAUGCUGCGGCCUGUUAUGACUGCCCGCCUGGCUUCUUCUGCUAUGGAGAUGACAAUGUUCAUAAGUGUGACCGUGGCCACUACUGUCCCGGCAACACCACGUGGGCUGGCCAGAUGAAGUGCCCCAUUGGCACAUACAACCCUGAUAAAGGUAUGGAUGAUAUAAGUGACUGUCGGGAGUGCUUGGGCGGUUACUAUUGCCACAUGCAGGGAGCCAUCAACUUCGAUUUCUCUAAAAAUGAUACGGGAACUGGCAUCUGUGACCCAGGAUACUACUGCAAAUCAGGUGUGAGUAUUGCCACUCCAACAUCUGGCACAUCGACGGGUGACGGGGGACCCUGCCCAGCUGGGUUCUACUGCCCCCAGCAGACUGAGGACCCUAUCCCUUGCCCCAACACGACAUACCGGGACAUCACCCUGGGCGAGCAGCUGUCUGACUGCUUCAUCUGUCCAGUUGGGCAGUAUUGCGGGUCGGCCAACCUGAGCACCUGGUCUGGCCCCUGUGAUCCUGGCUUCGUCUGUCUUGAAGGCAACAAUGUAGCCAAUCCACCAGGUGAUGACCCCUCCGUGGGUGGGCCAUGCCCUGUGGGCCACUACUGCCCGUCUGGAACAUCAAACCCAUUCCCUUGUGAGGCAGGCACUUACAACAACCUCACCCAGCAGGACGCCUGCUUCACCUGUCCUGCAGGUUACUUCUGCCCAGACAACACCACAGAAUACAACAGUGACCCAGCUGGACCCUGCCCUCCAGGAUACUACUGCCCUAACGGCACUGACCGUUCGACUCAAUACCCGUGUCCUGCUGGUACAUAUCGAGCUGACUAUGGAGCCCAGAGCACUGCUGACUGCACUCCAUGUCCCUGUGGGAAAUACUGUGACGCUAACAGCACAGCUCCUACUGGCGACUGUGAUCAAGGCUACUUCUGUAUCUUGGAGGCGGCCAGCCCGACCCCAAGUGAUGGGAUUACAGGGGACCUGUGCAGCCCUGGCCACCUUUGCCCCACAGGCUCGUGUAACGAGACCGCCUGCACUGAAGGAUCCUACUGUGAUAGCACUGCCCAGUAUGUGGUUACCGGUCCAUGUGCCGCAGGAUAUUACUGCAAUGCCGGCUCAGUCCGUGCUGACCCUACAGAUGGAAUUAUGGGAGACUUCUGCCCGGAGGGAAGAUACUGCCCCUCGGGAUCCACUAGUAAUCCGCCACGCUGUCCAGCUGGCAAAUUCUCAAAUAUGACUGGGCUCUCCCAGUCCUCCAAUUGUACAGACUGCACACAGGGCUUCUACUGUGAAGACCUUGGCCUCACUGCGCCCAAUGGUCCAUGUGACCCAGGUUACUAUUGCCCAACUGGCUCAAGUUCUCGCACGCAGGCGUUGUGCUUGGCGGGGCACUACUGUGCAGGCGGGGACCACGAAUCUGUGCCAUGUGACGCUGGCUACUACCAGGAUGAAACCGGACAGUCCACCUGUAAAGUCUGCCAGCCUGGUUACUACUGUGACUUUGCUGAUUCACCAAUCACAGACUACACUUCAUACCCUUGCCCUGCCGGUUAUUACUGCCUUAAUGGCACAGAAUUUUCCACCCAAUAUGGCUGCCCCAGUGGCACUUACAGCACGGCUACCAUGCUGGAGGCUUCAAGUGAAUGUACUCCAUGUGACCCUGGCAAAUACUGUGCCAGUGUAGGACUUACUAACUUCACAGGCUCCUGCUUAGCUGGCUACUGGUGUAUCAGUGGGUCUUCCACCCAGACCCCAACAGAUGGAGUGACAGGCAAGGCAUGUCCAGAGGGAAAAUUCUGCCUUUCAGGCACCACAGUACCCUCAGACUGCCCAGUGGGCACCCAGUCCAACAGCACUGGGCUGUCAAGCUCCAGUCAGUGUACUGCCUGCUUUGGGGGCUACUAUUGUGGCACAACCGGUCUCAUAGAGCCCACAGGCCCUUGUUCAGAGAGGUACUACUGUGACUCUGGGGCAUCCACACCCACACCAAAUGACGGGGGCACAACUGGUGACUCCUGCACUAUUGGUCACUACUGCCCCACCGGUACGGAUGUCCCUAUCUCCUGUGCAGAUGGCACCUACUCUCCUAACAUUGGAGCUGCCUCUUGUACUAACUGCACACCAGGCUAUUAUUGUGUGGAUGGUAUCAACCUUGUUGCCUGCCCACAGGGUAACUUCUGCCCAGAGGGUACUGGAAACGUCUUUGAGCAGUGCCCGGCAGGAACCUUUGGUGGCACUACAGGACUUGCAGCAUCAGGAGACUGCACCCAGUGUACUGGUGGCUACUACUGCAAUGGCACUGGACUUCAGGCAGAGAGCGGUGUCUGCCAGGCAGGCUACUAUUGUACCCAGGGAUCGGACUCCCCAACACCCUCAGGCGUGGUUGGCAUUGCAGGCAUCUGUCCUGCAGGCUUCUUCUGUCCUAUCCAGACCGUCAAUGCCCAUCCAUGUGUUGCAGGAUAUUAUAGCAACACUACCGGCCUGUCAGCCUCCAACCAGUGUACACUUUGUGACUUUGGCAAAUACUGUGGAACUGAUGGUCUAACUGAACCAACAGGGGACUGUAGUCCAGGGUUCUACUGCCUACAAGGAGCUACAGUGCCCAAUAAUCCCUCUGAAGACUCUACAGGAGGGCCAUGUCCUAUCGGCAACUACUGUCCAGGUGGCACUAGCUUCCCACUGGGAUGUCCUGCAGGAACAUACAGUCCAACAGCUGGAGCUUCCUCCUGUCUGGAGUGUCCGGAGGGAUACUUCUGUCCUGAGAAUGCCACAGAGUUUGCAAGCUAUCAGUGUCCAGCAGGCCACUAUUGUCCAAACGGAACCACGAUUGGAACCCAGUAUCCCUGUGACAUUGGCUACUACAACCCAAACACUGGUGGCAUGGACAUAAAUGAUUGCCUGCCCUGCUCCCCUGGCAAUUACUGUGCCUCUACUGGUAUGUCAGCCCCAACUGGACAGUGUGACCCUGGCUACUACUGUGUGGGAGGGGCCUGGUCUGCCCAGCCUGUGGAGAUAGGCAACUACUCCGCCCCUAACUGCCUCUGUCCAAACAACCAGACAGGUGGAUUGUGCUCAGCUGGCUUCUUCUGCCCCAUUGGAUCCUCGGCACCAACACCCUGCACUGGAGGUUAUUACUGUGACAUUGAUGGCCUGGCAGCUGAGACAGGAGAGUGUUAUGGUGGCUUCUACUGUACAUCAGGGGCCACGGUCCCGAACCCAACAGACGGUGUUACCGGCGAUGUCUGCCCUGUGGGUAACUACUGUCCCAAUGGAACGACUACAGCCCAGGCAUGUCUAGCAGGAACUUACCAGAAUGGCACUGGGCGAACAGAUGUCAGCGACUGUGAACCAUGCACUCCAGGGUAUUACUGUGCCUCCAAUGGUCUACAAGAGCCCACAGGGACAUGUGGGCAAGGAUUUUACUGCCCUGCUGGACAGUCUCAGAGGAAGCCGUCUGCUUACAUGUGCAGCCCUGGUCAUAAAUGUCCAGCUGGCUCAGCAACAGAACAGGCCUGCCCCUCUGGGGAGUACCAGGAUGAGUUUGAAAAGAUUGUGUGUAAGACAUGUCCAGAGGGUUACUACUGUGAUGGUACAGUACAGAACAGCACAGUCUGCUCUCAUGGUGUACAGAACCCAGAGGACUGCCCACCUGGAUACUACUGCCCUGUAGGCACCAAGUUUGACUCAGAAUUCCCCUGCCCCAACGGAACUUACAACCCUAACUUCAAUAUGGUGUCCUUAUCUGACUGCAUGUCAUGCUCGCCCGGCCAGUACUGUGGAGAUAUUGGCCUUGCAGCACCCUCUGGGAACUGUGAUGCUGGCUACUACUGCGUGAGUGGGGCGGAGAUGUCCAACCCAACCGAUGGCACCACAGGCAACAUCUGUCCUGCUGGCACGUACUGUAACCCUGGAUCAUACGAGACCACUGACUGUCCCAAAGGAACAUACAGUCCUGAUCAAGGUAUAGGGUAUUUAGAGAACUGCACAAACUGCGAAGGAGGUGUGUAUUGUUCCAGCGCUGGUCUGACCUCCCCUACUGGCAAUUGUUCUGAACGAUACUACUGUAUGAGCAACGCCAUUAGUCGCAGCCCUACAGAUGGUGUGACUGGCGAUGUUUGCCCUAUAGGUCACUACUGUCCCACGGGCACUGGACCUUCCCCAUUGCCAUGUGAAUCAGGGAGAUUUGUGGCCAUCACUGCCCAGUCCACCUGUUAUGACUGUACAGCUGGCCAUUACUGCACUGAUGGCAUCAAUGAGGUGGACUGUCCUCAAGGCUACUACUGUCCCACAGGCACUGGUGCAGUCUGGCAACGAUGCCCCACAGGCACUUAUGGUUCUUCCACUGGUUUUAGCACUGAAAGCCAGUGUACAACAUGUCCAGGUGGCCAGUACUGUGAAACAACAAACCUGACUACUCCUAGCGGACCAUGCGCUGCUGGGUACUUCUGUAACUCAGGCUCUGACAGUGCCACACCCUCCAAUGCCACAGCUGGUGAUGCAGGCCCCUGCCCCGUGGGUCACUACUGUGAAGAGGGCACCCAGACACCCACACCAUGCCCUAUUGGAACUUUCAGCAAUCAGACCCUGUUAACAGCAGCAGCAGAGUGUACCAACUGCACACCAGGCUACUUCUGUGACACCACUGGUCUAACAGAGCCAGUUGGAUUGUGUAGCGAAGGCUUCUACUGCCUGGGAGGAGCCACCGCAGGCUCACCUCCAGUGGCUGACAGCACAGGAGGCCCGUGCCCAGUGGGGAAAUACUGCACUAACGGCACAAGCACCCCACCUGACUGUCCUGCUGGCACAUUCCAAAGUAUAGAACAACAAUCAACUUGUGAUCCAUGUCCAGCUGGCUACUACUGUGUUGCUGGAAGCUCCAGUAAUGCUGAUUGCCCAGCAGGUUACUAUUGUCCACAAGGCACUGAAUUUGCUCAUCAGUACCCCUGUCCUAAUGGAACCUAUUUUGGCUUUACACGAGCUCAAAGUGAUGAUGCAUGCGUGAUCUGUCCGGCUGGUCAGUAUUGUCCAUUCCAGGGCCAGUCUGCCACUGCAGGGCCAUGUGCAGGAGGAUGGUACUGCACUUUGGGAUCCUGGACCGACAAGCCCAGUACCCUUGGUAAUGACACGGGCUCUGAAUGCCACUGCCCUGCCCAGAGCAUCGGGGGAAAGUGUGUGGCUGGAGAGUUUUGUCCGGUAGGAUCAUCUGUGCAGACUGCGUGCACAGGAGGCUACUACUGUGGGACAGAUGAGCUGGAUGCUGUCACUGGCCCCUGUAUGGCAGGAUACUACUGCAGUUCUGGAUCAACCAUGCCAAAUCCUGUGAAUGAAACCUUUGGUGACAUCUGCCCCAAGGGUAACUAUUGUCCAGAGGCCAGUCAGGCUGCAAUACCUUGUCCAGAGGGAACCUUCAGCAAUGCCUAUGCCAAUGAGAAUCUAACCAACUGUCUGCCAUGUACCGCUGGAAUGUACUGUGCUGGAACAGGAAGGGACCUGCCCAAUGGGAACUGCACAGAGGGAUGGUUCUGUCCCCAGGAGAGCACCCAGCCCCAGCCAACUGGCAACGAAUGUCUGGCUGGUCAUGAGUGCCCAGAGGGCAGUGGUGCAGAGACCCCCUGUCAGUCAGGAUACUACCAGCCUGAUGUUGGCCAGGGAUCGUGUUUCAUCUGCCCGGUUGGCUCCUACUGCGACCAAAAUGAAGCCAUUGCAGAAGAGCAGAGUGGUGUUGGUGAGGCAUCCCAUGGAGUGGUCACCCCAAAGACAUGUCCAGCAGGCUACUACUGCCCUGCUGGCACAGAGACUGCCAUGGCCAACCCCUGUCCUAUUGGUACCUACAGCAAUACCACAGGCUUGGCAAAUGAGAGCCAAUGCAUUCUGUGUGAUCCAGGCUACUACUGUGACAACCCAAACAUGCUCGCUCCAGCGGGACCAUGUAACCCAGGAUAUUACUGCACACUGGCUGCGUUUGAGCCCAACCCUACAGUGAAUGGAAGUGAGUGUGUGCAGGGGGAAUACUGCGUUGAAGGCUCUCCUUACCCAGUUGACUGUCCUAAGGGGAUGUAUGGGUCCGCACCGCAGCUGACUGCCUUGAGUGACUGCACCUUCUGCCCCCCAGGGCAGUACUGUGACUCCCCAGGAUUGACAGCACCCUCAGGCAACUGUCUGGUAGGAUACUACUGCAGCAAUGCCUCAGAAGAAGCAGCUCCAGUGGGCACAGUGUAUGGAGACAUCUGCCCUGCUGGGUUCUUCUGUGAGGAGGCCAGCCACCAGCCAAAAGCCUGUGAUGCCGGUACAUACCAGCCAUUUCAGGGCCGCACCAACAUCUCGGCAUGCCUUGACUGUGAUCCAGGCAGCUACUGUAAUGCUACUGGCCAGGCCUCAGUCACUGGAGAUUGUCUUGCAGGCUACUUCUGUACUCUGGGCUCAACCAACAUGGCUCCAACAGAUGGAGUUAUGGGCGAUAUCUGCCCUGCAGGCUCUUACUGUCCCCUUGGCACCCCUAACCACAUCUUCUGCCCAAAUGGCACUUACACUAACCACACAGGCGCAGCAGCUUGCUACAUCUGCCCUGCUGGAUCAUAUUGCACAAACAGAGACAGUGCGGAGGCCUGCCCCAUGGGUCACUAUUGCCCCGAGGGUACUGGUGCUGACAAGAUCCCUUGCCCUGCUGGAACCUAUAAUCCUGUUGAAUCCAUCACCCAGCAGUCUGAGUGCACACAGUGUGAUGGUGGGAAAUACUGCCAGCUGCCAGGAAUGGACAACUACACUGACAUCUGUGAUGCAGGAUACUACUGUACUCAAGGUGUGGACACCCCAUCGCCAAAUUCUGUUAACAACACCGGUGUGGGGGCAAAGUGUCCUGUAGGCUAUUACUGUCCACCAGGCUCAGCUCUGCCUUUGCCCUGCUCUGCUGGAACAUACAGUGAUGCUGAAGGUUCAGCCACAUGCCAGACAUGUCCAGCUGGCUACUACUGCAUGGAGAACACUACCUCAUACAGCCUGUAUCCAUGUCCAGCUGGCUACUAUUGCCCUGCAGGCACCACCCAUGAUACACAGUUCCCCUGUACAAAAGGCUACUACAACCCAACCAAUAUCAUGGACGACGUGAAUGACUGUCUUGAGUGCCCCCCUGGCUUAUACUGUGAAACUGAUGGCCUGGAAGCGCCAACAGGUAACUGCACGGCAGGCUGGUACUGCACAGGAAUGUCAUACCAGACAAUGCCGGUGGAUGAGGUGAAUGCCACAGACCCGGCGAUGUGUUCAUGCCCCUCCGCUAACUACACAGGCGGUGAGUGCUGGCCAGGAACAUACUGUCCUGCAGGAGCUAACUACCCGGUCCAGUGUGAUGGGGGAUCCUACUGCAGCCAGAAUGGACUCUCUGCACCAGAAGGACUGUGUGAUGCAGGUUACUACUGUGUUGGUGGGGCCACCUCCCCUAAUGGCACAGAAUGUACAGCAAACCACUACUGUCCCCAGGGCUCCACCACCCCCACCCCCUGUCCUCCUGGCUCCUUUUCGUUUGCCACUGGUAACAUUGCCCUUGACAACUGUGAGCAAUGCACACCAGGCUUCUACUGCUCCAGCUCUGGAAUAUCUGGCCCCUGUGCUGUUGGUUUCUACUGUCCUGCUGGUCAGGCAUCAGCCACCCCAGCAAACUACACGUGCCCAGCAGGCUUCUACUGCACAGGCGGUCUUGGCACCCCUACAGAGUGUCUGGCUGGCAUGUACCAGGAUGAGAUUGGCCAAUCAGAGUGCAAGGAAUGCCCCAUUGGAAGAUAUUGUGACCCGGUGGAGGAAACAGCCAACCUCGGGUUUGCUACAGGUGUGGUCACCCCAAUGGCCUGCCCAACUGGUUACUACUGCCUGGUGAACACCACAUCUGCGGGUGACUACCCCUGUCCCACCGGCACAUUUAACAACCAGACAGCCAUCCAGGCAGACUCAGAGUGCACACCAUGUACUGGAGGAUUCUACUGUGACUCACCUGGACUAUCUGAACCACAAGGGCCAUGCAAUGAGGGAUUUGUGUGCGUUUCUGGCUCUGACACUCCAUCACCCACCAGUGUUGUUGGCUAUGUGUGUCCUGCAGGCUCGUAUUGCCCUGCACAGUCAGCUGUGGAGACGCCCUGCCCCGCAGGAACCUUCUCAAACACCACAGGACUCCACAAUGUCUCCUCAUGUGAACAGUGUACACCUGGAUACUUCUGUGCUGCUGAUGGUUUGACAGAGCCUUCCGGACCUUGUGAUGCUGGCUUCUACUGCUCUGGUGGAGCCAUUUUGCAGAACCCGUCUGCCCUGGCAUAUGGUGACACAUGUCCCACAGGCCACUACUGCCCCUCUGGUACGGGAUCCCCGGAACCCUGUCCCGCAGGCACCUAUCUGACCACGACUGGGGGCCAAAAUGUCACUGAUUGUGCUGACUGCCCCCCAGGACGCUUCUGUGCCUCCACUGGGCUUAGCAACUAUACUGGAUCGGGUGUUGUUGGCGAGUGCCAGGCUGGCUACUACUGUAUGGCAAUGGCUAACACUAGCACACCCACAGAUGGGUUGACUGGAGACAUCUGCCCCGCAGGAAACUUCUGCCCCACCGGCAGCAAUGCACCAACACCCUGUGCUGACGGCACAUUUAUGAACCAGACAGGAGCAUCAGUAUGUGACGAGUGCCUACCUCGCUACUUCUGUGUGAACCAAGACCGCCUUGAUGAGUGUCCAAACGGAGCAUACUGUCCCGGUGCCAAUGGCUACAACUACUCUCUCUGCCCGGCAGGCACUUUCAACAAUGUAACUAUGCUGGAACAGGAGUCUGAGUGCACCCAGUGUAUUGGUGGGUCAUACUGCGCUACCCCCGGACUGGCCACACCCACGGGACUGUGUGCUCCAGGAUACUUCUGUACGAUUGGGGUUGACACUGUCGCUCCAGAAAACAACAACACUGGGACUGGAGGUCCAUGCCCAGUCGGUCACUACUGUCCAGAGGGUACAACAUCGUCAAUCCCCUGCCCCUCAGGCACCUAUGGGGAUGAGGAACGACUCCCAAUCUGUAAGACCUGCCCUGCUGGCUACUACUGCCUUCAGGGGAUCACCAACUAUGCCAGCACACCUUGUCCUAAAGGCUCCUACUGUCCAGCUGGUACGGAAUAUGCCAACCAGUAUCUUUGCCCCAUGGGCACAUACAACAACAACACCAACGCCGAUGACAUCUUUGACUGCAAGUCAUGUACAGCUGGGAAGUACUGUGACCUGGAUGGUCUGUCGGAGCCAGUGGAUGACUGCACAGCAGGCUGGUAUUGUUCAGGCGGUGCAUUCAGUGACAAGCCAGUCGUGUUUGACAACUCUUCACUAGACUUCUCAAUCAACAUGUCGUGUCCCACCUACCUGACCAACUUCACUGGAGGGCCAUGUGCACCAGGCACAUACUGCCCAACUGGCAGUUCAAGCCCAGUCCCCUGUCCCCUUGGUCAGUACUGUGACACGGACAACCUUGAGUCCCCAACAGGCAACUGCAGUGGGGGCUCCUUCUGUAAUGGUAGUGAGUCUGUGCCAAACCCACAGGACUGCAGUCUGGGACACUACUGCCCAUCCGGAACAACCUAUGAGAUUCCUUGUUCCAUUGGAACAUUCAACAAUGCAACAGGUGGAGCCAGCUUAUCAGACUGCCUUGAGUGUACCCCUGGCUACUACUGUCAGUCCACUGGCUUGUAUGAGCCAACCGGUCUGUGCAGUGUUGGGUAUUUCUGCCCUGGAGGACAGUCCACCCCCAUGCCAUCUGAAUAUGCCUGCAGUCCUGGCCAUUUCUGCUACGAGGGAAGUCACAAUGAGACCGGCUGCCCAUCUGGAAACUACCAGCCCCACUGGGCUCAGGGUAACUGUGACCCCUGUCCUGCGGGCUCAUACUGCAAGGCAUUUGGAGAUUAUGAGAACCUUGAUGAUGAGAAUGUGACCACCAGUGGGAAUUACUCCGGUCGUUACCGUAGCUACCGGGGUGUUGAUGUGCCAACACCCUGUCCAAGCGGGGCUUACUGCCCGACCAGCACCACAGAUGCCAUGGAGUUCCUGUGUCCUGCAGGCACUUACAGCAACAUGACAUCACUUUGGAGCAACACCCAGUGCACAUCAUGUGAACCUGGCACUUUCUGCAAUGGUGAAGGCAACAUAGAGCCAUCAGGACCUUGCUCUCCAGGAUAUUUCUGCACCUUGGGAGCAUACAACUCCACCCCAACAGACGGGACCACAGGCAACAUUUGUCCACUGGGCAAGUAUUGUGAGAGUGGGAGUGUGACGGGCAUUGGUUGCCCAGUUGGCACAUACAGCAAUGUGACGGGGCUCCAGGCAAGCUCCGAAUGUACCGACUGCACACCAGGCUUCUACUGUGGAAGUACAGGUCUUACAACAGAGUCUGCCUCAUGCUGGGCAGGUUUCUACUGCACUGUGCGAGGUGAGACACCCAACCCAGUCUCCCAAACAUACGGAGAUUUAUGUACAGAGGGCCACUAUUGUCCUAACGGUACACACACCCCCACUGACUGUCCUGCUGGAACUUUCCUCAACACCACAGGGGCUGGAGAUGUCACAGAUUGUACUGCUUGCUAUGCUGGCUACUUCUGUGGGAGUGCGGGUCUCACCUAUCCAACGGGCCUCUGUGACGCGGGCUACUAUUGUACUCUGACUGCCAACACAAGCUCCCCUGUUGAUGGGGUGACAGGUGACAUCUGCCCGGAGGGCUUCUACUGCCCCUUGGGUUCAGGGGCCCCCUCUGCCUGCCCCAAUGGAACUUACAUGAACACAACAGGGGCUAGUACCUGUACCAUCUGUCCACCAGGCUUCUACUGCGUUAACAGGGACAGAGCUGAUAUAUGUCCACAGGGUAACUACUGCCCUGAGGGUACUGGCGCUGACAUUCAACUGUGUCCAGCAGGAACAUACGGGGCCACAGAUCAGCUCUCUGAUAUAUCACAGUGCACGGACUGCACAGGUGGUUAUUACUGCUCCACGCCUGGAAGCACCAGCCCUAAUGGCCCAUGUGACCCUGGUUACUAUUGCACCCUGGGAGUAAAUGUUGCAGCCCCUGUGUCGGGCAGUAGCUACACCGGUACUGGAGACAUAUGCCCUGUUGGUCACUACUGUCCACUAAACUCCACUGUGUCCACCCAGUGCCCAGCUGGCACAUACGCUGGCAGUACAGGUCAAUCGGUGUGUGAUCUCUGUCCGGCUGGCUACUACUGUAUGGCUGGAGCAAAUGAUUACCUCACUAAGAGCUGUCCAGUUGGCCGCUACUGUCCUGAGGGCACAGAGCAUAGUGAACAGUACCCGUGCCCAGCUGGAACAUACAAUCCCAACACAAACGCGGUCAAUGACUCUGCCUGUGUGUAUUGUGACCCAGGAUCGUUUUGCAAUUCCCCUGGCCAGAGUGCUGUUACAGCCUCGUGCUCCCCUGGCUGGUUCUGUUCUGGCGGUGCCACCUCACCAACACCUACUCCAGUCGGUAACUUUAGCUCUGUGGACCUAUGUAUGUGCCCUGACCAGAACUUCACGGGGGGCCGGUGUCAGCCAGGCACUUACUGCCCCUUUGGUUCUGAGGCCCCAACAGAAUGUGAUGCUGGCCAGUACUGUGAAACUUAUGAACUGUCCACACCAACAGGUGACUGUAGUGCUGGCUACUAUUGCCCUGGAGGAGACUCAGAGCCGAGUCCGGCCAGCACAAUCUGCACGGUUGGGCACUACUGUCUCACAGGCUCGCCCGCCCCAACACCCUGCCCUGCUGGAACAUAUUCCAACUCCCUUGGCCUUACACAGGAGUCUGACUGUCAGAACUGCACUGCUGGUUAUUACUGUGUUUCCCCCGGGCUAACCAAUGUGACAGGUCCGUGCAAGGAGGGCUUCUACUGUCCAGGCGGACAGGCUGUGGAGGACCCCAGUGAAUACCCUUGUCCCCAGGGAACGUACUGUCCCACGGGAACAGCUGUCCCUAUUAUGUGCGCACGGGGAGAAUACCAGGACACAACCGGAGAAUCAACCUGCAAGAUCUGCCCAUCACGAUACUACUGUGAUCCAUUUGAGUACUCGGUUGGAUCUAACGAUACUGGCAUCAUAGUACCUCUGGACUGUCCAGCUGGGUACUACUGCCCAACAGGAACAGGGGGAAAGAAUACCUAUCCAUGCCCCUCUGGAACAUAUAGUAGCGCCCUCAACUAUGAAGCUCCAAAUGAGUGUACAUCCUGCCUACCAACCAAGUACUGUCAGACAGAGGGGCUCACUUCCCCGGAGGGUGAUUGCGCAGCAGGAUACAUGUGCAUCAAUGGGGCUGCCUCCCCUACCCCAACUGAUGGAACCACUGGCGACAUCUGUCCAGAGGGACAGUACUGCCCAGAGGGAACAUUCAUACCAACCAACUGUCCAAUCGGCACAUACAGCAACCUGACAGGUCUGACCAACCACACAGAGUGCCUGCCCUGUGUACCUGGCUGGUACUGCCCGACAGAGGGGCUUGUCCAGCCACAGGCAGAGUGCACCGCCGGCCAUUACUGUGAGCUGGGCUCCAUCGAGGCCGCCCCUGUGAGCCAGACAUAUGGGUAUCUGUGUCCUGUUGGCCACUACUGUGAGCAGGGAACUGCAGUACCUACCCCCUGCCCUCGUGGCACAUAUCAGUCUCAGGAAGGCAAGCAAUUGCUAUCUGACUGCGUGGAUUGUCCGGCAGGCCAGUAUUGUUACCUAGCCGGUAAUGACUCCAUCACUGGAGACUGUGAUCCUGGAUACUACUGUACACUUAAUGCGCAAGAGAGCAACCCUACUGAUGGUGUGACAGGUGAUGUGUGCCCGAUCGGCUCCUACUGCCCCCAGGGUUCCACAGCCCCGAUCACAUGCACACCAGGUUCUUACACAAAUGCUACGGGUCAGGCGACAUGUGCCGUGUGCCCCACUGGCUUUGAGUGUACAGGUGGUUCCACGGUGGAUCCUUGCCCACAGGGACAUUACUGCCCAGAGGGAACUGGUCUUGCCACACAACCAUGCCCUAUUGGUACAUACGGACACACAACUGGUCUCGGGAACUACACAGAUUGUACAGACUGUACGUCGGGAAUGUACUGUGACACCACCGGUCUCACUGCGCCCGCCGGAAACUGCACUUCAGGACAUUACUGCUAUCUUGGUGUGAGCCUUAGCGUCCCUGUGGUGUCAACAGGGUUACACACAGGUACAGGUGAUGUGUGUCCUGCUGGAGCCGAAUGCCCCGACAACUCUGGCUACUUCAGCUAUUGUGAGCCUGGAACAUAUGCCCCAAACACUGGAUAUGCCCAGUGUCUGCCCUGCCCACAAGGUUUCUACUGUGAGAAUGCGACGGUCACCCCUCUGACCUGCCCAACUGGUCACUACUGCCCUGAAAACACGACAAUGGCCACUGAGUUCCCAUGCCCUGCUGGCACAUACAACAAUGUCACUGGUUCGACUGAUGUCAGUGACUGUAUAGACUGUCCUCCUGGCUACUAUUGCGAGGGAACUGGUAAUGUUGUUCCUGAUGGGGAAUGUGACAAUGGUUUCUGGUGUGCCGGAGCGGCUUUCAGCGCUAAACCAUAUGAUCUAGGUGCUGCUGUCGGUGGAACUUCUGCUGGAUUAUACUCGAAUGACACUUGUGCACCAACAUGGGACUGUGUAUGCCCAGACUUCCUCUUGUCUACUGGUGGAAUCUGCCCCAUGGGCUACUACUGUCCCCAGGGUUCGUCCAAGCCCACCGCCUGUGACGCGGGCAUGUACUGUGAAACACCAGGCCUUCCACUGCCUACUGGCAACUGUUCAGCUGGCUGGUACUGCAACAACGCGAGUGCCACACCCACCCAGAUACCGUGUCCAGUGGGUCACUACUGUCUCGAGGGCAUGCAGCCAAUCCAGUGCCCCGCUGGAACAUUCUCCAACCAGGAAUACAACCAGCAGGAGUCUGAUUGCCAGAACUGCACAGCUGGAUAUUACUGUAAUGGUACAGGCUUGACAGCGGAGGUGGGAGAGUGUGCCCCUGGUUACUACUGCCCUGGUGGCCAGGAUUCCCUGACUCCCAUGGGAUUGGAGUGUUGGCCAGGCCACUACUGUGAGCAGGGUUCCCCCAUCCCUGUGUUCUGCCCCAAUGGUACAUUCCAGCCCAGCUCCGCCCAGUCCACCUGCCUCACCUGCGACCCUGGAUUUUACUGUAACCUUGCUGCAGGAGGUGGCACCACUUGUGAUGGUGUGGCCAUCACGACCCCAGCCAACUGUACAAUGGGAUACUAUUGUCCGGCCGGCAGCAGCCUGCCAACACCAUGUCCUGUGGGCACAUACGGUGACGCCCUGAACAAUGAUGUAGUGUCUGAUUGUGUGGACUGCACGCCGGGCAUGUACUGUGAGGUGGAAGGCCUCACCACCCCCACGGCUAACUGUAGCCCGGGCCACUACUGCACAGGGUCUGCCGAGGUCGCACAACCCAUUGACCACCUUGUGGACCACAGUGACAACACUAGUUUCACUGGCAAUGACAUUUGUCCAAUUGGGUACUACUGUCUCGAGGGAAGUGACUACCCGCUGCCCUGCCCUAUAGGCACGUUUUCACGCAGUACAGGUGUGACCAACGUCACCCAAUGUCUUGACUGCCUGCCUGGCCACUACUGUAACGUCCAGGCCAAUGUGAAGAACUCAACCAUGCCCAUCUGUGAUCCUGGGUAUGUGUGUCUGGAAGGCAGCACCACCCCUACCCCAACGGACGGCAUGACAGGCUACAUCUGCCCAACUGGGUUCUUCUGUGAGGCAGGCACAACCCAGGAGGAGGCGUGCCCCCCAGGAACAUACCAGGCAUCAUAUGGUCAGGACAACUGCACCAUCUGCCCUGCUGGGUACAUGUGUCUCCUCAGUAAUAUGUCCGCACCCGAUGUAUGCAUGACUGGUCAUUAUUGCGUAUUCGGGGAUCCGAACCCUGUGCCAUGCCCGGCCGGGACGUACAACAACGCAACAGGCCAGGACGAGGUCACAGACUGUAUGGACUGCACAGUGGGCCAGUACUGUGAGGGCACUGGAAACACACUUCCAGAUGGUGACUGUUCAGCUGGGUACUUCUGCCAGGGAGGAGCCAACCAGAGCACGCCCUCACCCUCAGCAGCCUACCCAUUAAAUGAUGUGUGCCCCACCGGCCAUUAUUGUCCCAAUGGAACAGUGAUGAUAGAGAUGUGCCCAAGUGGAACUUUCCGGGCUGUCACAACUGGGAAGACUGUUGAUGACUGCCAGCCAUGUACAGGAGGCUACUACUGUGCUAUUGACGGGCUCUCCGCCCCAACAGGGAAUUGCAGUGCUGGAUACUACUGCCCUGACAACGAAACCAUCACCACACCCACACCUACAGGUUUUGAGUGUCCUGUUGGCUACUACUGUCUGGAGGGUUCUGCUGCCCCCACCCCGUGUCAGGCGGGCUACUUCUCCACGACCACAGGAAGCUCCCUCUGUGACCCCUGCCCUGCUGGCUAUUAUUGUACUAGUGGUGUGACCGCUGACCAGAUCAUCUGCCCACCAUAUCACUACUGUCCACAGGGCACACUGGUACCCAACAUCUGCCCCAAUGGUACAUACACCUUGGACAACACCACAGGGCUCCAGGAGGCCCCUGAAUGCCUCCCUUGUGAGACAUCAUACUACUGCCGCAGUGGCCAACUCUCCAACCUGUGCGUGGCUGGAUACUUCUGUCUGUCAGGGGCAAAGUCUGACAUGCCAACCAACACAACAGACUUUGAUGCAUGUGGGGCAUACGACGAAUGUGCAGGCCAGUGUCCCACGGGUCACUACUGCCUUGAGGGCACCAUCAUCCCCACCCCAUGUCCUGAGACUGAGUACAGACCAGACGUUGGUGGAGCACAGUUGUCAGACUGCGAAUUGUGCCCUGGCGGAUUCAUGUGUGAUAAUGGAACCUCUGUGCCUGAUCCUUGUAUUGCUGGUCACUACUGUCCCAACGGCACAGGUGUUGUUGCUGUCCCUUGCCCUGUGAACACGUACCUCAACCUUACAGGUGCCGAUGUGGUGGAGGACUGCCUCCCUUGUGAGAAGGGUUACAUCUGUAACCUAACCGGUAUGACAGACUACAAACUGUACCCAUGCCCAACCGGGUUCUACUGUUACCCAGGAGAGGACCCUCACCUGUGUCCUGCUGGCCGAAUGAGAAAUGAGACGGGGGCGGGUGACCCAGAUGAAUGCCCCCUGUGUCGACCGGGCUUCUACUGUCCAAAUGACACCAUCAACCUCCAUGGCAUACCCUGUGACCCAGGCACCUACUGUCCAGAAGGAUCAGCCAUCCCACUGGCCUGUCCACCAGGCUAUUACUGUGAAGGGGAAACAGGAACACCUCCCAUCUGUCCCCCAGGAUAUUACUGUUCAGGCAGCACAAUCACCCCAGUACUCUGUGAAAAACCAUUCUACUGCCCUGAGGGUAGCAAUAUGACACUGGCCUGCCCGCUAGGAUAUCAAGCACAGGAUCAUGAUGGUUUAAGAUAUGACGAUAAUGAGUCUUGCAGGAUCUGUCCAAAUGGAACAUAUGGUAACUACACAGACCGCUCCAUCUGUGAGUCAUGCCCAGCAGGUUACUACUGUCCAGCAGGCACUGGGCACGGUGACUCUAAUGAAUGUUGGAUUGGAACAUACUGUCCCACAGGUUCACACGAGGCCACUUCCUGCCCUAGAGGAACUUACGGCACUCGUUCUCGUGCUGAGUCUGCAUCUGACUGUACUGCCUGUGCAGCCAACACGUACAGUAACUCUGACUUUGCCACAAAGUGUCACCCAUGUGGCGGGUCAUCAGAGUCGGCUGCAGGUUCCACAGAAUGCAACUGCAAGGGCAAAUAUCGUACUUUCCAGACGUCUUUCAAGGCAUGUGUGUGUCUGGCAGGCUAUGUGUACUAUGAUGAGCUGGACAACAAGAAGUCAGAGCAAGACGGUGAUGAAGACUGCCAGCUGAUCUCCGACGAGCGUUGCUCUACCAACCAGGUUCGUCAUGCAAGCAGCAGGAAAUGUGUUGACCCAGACUCCUUUGACUGCUCUGGGUUUGGAGGAUGCAGUUCUGCAUCUUAUAACAGAGACCAAGCACGGUGCUUCUGUGACAGCUACAUAUCAGAGACGUCGAUCUGUGAUGCCACAUGUGAGGCAACAACACAGCCCACGAUAUCUGGAGGCCUCCAGGCCAACGGCACUUUUGCUCUCACUGUGUAUGACCCUGUCACUGGCACAAGCACAGCACAGAUUUUGGAGAACACAUUUGGACCGUCAGAGGGUUUCGAGGGCAUUACAAGCCCGACCAUUCUUGUAGUGGCUUUUUGGGGUCAAGAGGUGACAGGGACCGUGUAUGCCACCGCUGCUGAUGCUAAAGAUAUAUACUUGACUCUUGCUGAGAUGUCAGACCAGGCUCAAGGCUUGAGAAGGCGUCGUCUGCUCGCCCUAACCGUUCCCAGCAACCAGAUCCCCAACCCGAUCAUGUGUGUGGAGUCCGGGGAACUGGUCAUAUUCAAGAUCAAUGUAAACGACACAGACAGGAGCAUGAGCAACUACCCCAAGUACAACAAGGACCACCUUUUUAGCACCAACCCCUCAUUUGACUUUGGGGCCUUCACAGCCCUUCAGUACCAAGUGGAGAACACCAACGCAAAUAUCACCAACUUUGCUCACGUUUUUAUUGAAGGAGGAAACUACGUCUUCUACGAUUCGCAAGAUGCAUCACUUGAGGUGCUUAUCAGAGUGGAGCCUGCUGGAUCAGCCUGUUCAUCAAGCUCUAGGGUUAAACCAGCCUCACCCGACAACCUGAUAGCCCAGGGCUUCUCAACACAGGCAGUUGAGAACCAGGCCCCAGACUGGAGCCUCAUCAUUGGAAUGAUUGCAUUCUUUGCGACAUUGUGCCUAUUGCUGGUGCUGGCCAUCAUCAUCUGGCUGCCGAAGCAUGCAGGAAUCCAUCCUAUGUUGCACUGGGCACCCAAAUACCGCAGCCUUGGCAAGCCCCCGCCCGUCCCACACUACCUAAGAUACGAUCCUGACCACUGGCCAGACAAACCCAUAGAGUCUGAUGUCAAGGAGAGCAUAGGACCACGAGUGACAGGAGACGGAGCUGAUGCCGACCUCCAUGCUGCACCAAACUUUGGAGGUGGAAUCAAGGCAUCCGAAAAGGAUCUGGAGGACUUCAACGUGCGCGUGCUAUAUGACAAGCUAGAGGACCAGAACCUGCACCUCGCUGCCCAACUGGCCCGUCAGCAGGAAGACCUUCGCAGCUUCUACAAUAAGAUCCAGCAGCAGAAUGAGGGCCUCCGUGACCUCCUUAUGAACAUGGACCCAGCGAAGCUAGAAGAGCUAGAGCGGCGCCUGGAUGAACGCAAGGCUGCCCGCAUACAGCAGGGGCUGCAGGGCUCAUCAUCGGAGGGUGGACCAACCAUUGUUAAUGCAGCCAUCAGCAUGGCAGGAAACAAGCGCAAAUUUGCUGGUGCAGGAGCUGGAGGCCGGGAGGAGGAGCUGAUGAUGGCCCUGCAGAUGCUGCUAGACCGCCUCAACUCUGGCCAGGUGCCCAUCUCACAGUCCAUGUACGAGCAACUACGCAAGGACAAUGGCUCUGAUGGUACCCCAAACACCUCUGACACUACCGUCAACUUCACAGGAUCACAGGGAGGUAACCAGUUGAGUCGAGCCUUUGCUGAACUUCUGCGUCGUCAGAAUGGUGAACGUCUGCGUCUGGAGCGUGAUCUGUUGAAGGAAGAACAGGAAGCACUGGGUCAGCUUGUUGAAGAGGAGGAAAAUCGGCGCCGGCAUGUCACUGAUGGACUCACUGAUGACCUCUCCUCAAACCUGCAUGGUGCAGACAAUGCAGCCAAGAUAGCUGAAAUCAUGAGUCAUUAUGGCAAAAACCUGGAUGACACAAUGAACAAGCACCAGAGUUCACGAGACCGACAGUCAGAGGAGUUACGUCGGAAACUGGCCAUGAGGCGACAGACCCGUGAACAUGCUCUCCGAGAUAAACAGAGGAAGGAGGCUGAAGAGAAUGGGUUACCUCCCUUGCCUGAGGCUGUUGAUGUGGCCGAUAUGAAGCUGCGUAUGUCAGAAAGCGUGCUGGACACGCUGGCUGGUGAGGAGGCUGCAGGAACGGCCCGACUCAACACUGACCUUAACAACAACCUUGGUGAUGAGGAGAGGCGCCAGAUGGGAGAGAAACUCCGUGAACAUCUAGAUCGUAUGGCACAGCAGGGUGUGUUGACCCCAGAGCUGAGGGACAAGCUUCUCCAACAGCACCAUGAGGCCGAGAAUAUGCUCCAGAAGACACACCUUGCACGCAAACAGCACCAGCUCAGAAACCUCCAGGACAAGAUGGCCCAGAGACGCAAGCGACGCUUCGAUAAGCUGAAGGAUGAGCAGGAGAAGUACAAGAAUGAGAUGUCAGCACGGCUGAUAGAGGAUGGUCACCAUGACAACCUUGAGCGGGAAAUGGCUGCUCUCCAGCGCCUGUUUGACCAGGAAAUGGCUGCUGCAGAGGCUGAAAUGGAUGCUGAGGAGGCAGAACACAUCAACAAACUGUCAAAGACCGUCAGUGAUGAACACACAACUGGUCUGCGCGAGAAGCAGCGGGACUUGUUGAAGGGUGUGAGUGAUGGGUGCCCAGCCUCAGAACAGGUGGCUUUACAGAGAUUAAUGGACACAUACCGCAAGGACGUCAACUCCAUGGAACAGAAUCUUGCUCUCGAGAAGGACCGUCAGCUUGAGGAUCUCCGGGCAAAGCUGCAGGCGAGACGGAACAGGCGUAUAAAUGAGAGCCAUCGUAAGCUUGAGGAGGACGAAGCCCAGAGAAUCAUCGCAGACCAGCGUCGCCAGAUGGCCCAAGAGGUGAACAAGGAAACAGGCCCGGAGGUUACUGUGGAUACCGGACUUGUCAGACAGCCCAAGGUCAACCUGGUGGAAUCCAUGGAAGAGAAGGCUCUUAAAAAAGAACAGGAUCGUGCCAAGGAUGACCUGAAAAGGCAGCAGAAGAAAGAGUUUGACAACCUGGCAGCCAAACUGGACUCAGAUGCCAGCAAGCAGGAGGAUAACAUCAAGAAGCAGCUCAGUGGGGAGCGAGAGAAAGUGCUUCGGGAACUCAAGAAUAAACAUGCUGCAGAGAUCGCUGCCCGUCCAGACCUUGGCCAAGACCAGAUCAAUAUGUUGAUGGCCCAACAUGAGAAAGAGCUUGAGGAGGUUGCUGACCGCCUGCAGAAGGAGAAAGAUCGUCAAGUGCUCGCGCUCCAUGAACGCCUUGCAAACAGACGCACACGCAAACUGGAGGACAUGCGGCGUCGCCAUGACGUGGACCGCUCCAAGGAGAUCCUGGAACAAAAACGUGAGCUGGGCGAGGUGCAACUGAAGAAGGCAAAGGAGGCGGAACGUGAGGCCAUCAAGGAGGGUAUCCGUGACAAUGGGGAGGAGGACAGUGAACGUGUCAUCAAGGCUGUCCUCGCACAGAGGCAAGCCCAGGAAAUGUCAGAUCUGGAAAAUCAGUUUGGAGGUCAGAAGCGUCUGAUGGUGGAUGAAGCUCUCAACAAACUCAACGAGAAGUAUGACAAGCUUCGUGAUGAUGCAAUGAGGAGGCAUGACCAGGAGCUCGCAGACCUGCAGAAACUUGGCCUGAGCCCUGAUGAGCUUGCUGCAAGACGCACAGAGCUGCUGAACAAACAUGCCCAGGAGUUGUCUGCUCUAGACCGCCAACAAGCCGCAGAGAAGGGUGACAUUGAGCGUGGGGCUCUCGCUGACUGGGAACUAGCCUUUGCCAAGGCUAAACUUUCCCUCAAGGAGAAACACUAUAAGGAGUUUGCGGAGGCUUUGCGUGAGUUUAAGGGUGACAAGGAUGGGGCUCGAGCGGCAGAGGAGACGGCAGGGGAGCUGGAGGACAUCAAACGUAGACUGGAGCAUGAACGCCAUGAACAGGAGGCCAAGAUGAAGAAAGAACAACAAGAGUUUGAGCGUGAUGAGCAGCGCCGUAUGGAGCAGCAGAUGGCAGAGUACGCCCAGCAGUUGGAGACGGAGACACGCCAGGAGAAGGAGAAACAUGAGCGCAACCUCGAGGCACUUAAUAAACGCAAGGAAGACCUCAUCAAGGAGAGGAGGAGCAAAACAAAGGAGGAGGUAGAGCGAAUGAAGGCUGCAGGAGCCAGCGACCAAGACCAGCGUGAACUACUGGAGCAGCAUGAACGCGACCUGCAGAACCUCAUCAACAAGAUCGACGCAGACAAAAUGCGCAUGCAGAGCACACUUCAGGAGCGCAUCAAGAAGAAGAAGGAGGACAGACUUCGCCAGAAACAAAAAGAUCUGUUUAGCAAUGCAGAAGAGAACAGACGUGAACUAGAGCAGAAACAAGCAAGCCAGAUACACAGGAUGAAGGCUGAUGAGGCCCUUACUUUGAAUGAGGCCCUAAACAUUGACACAGCCAAUGCCCGUCUGGAGUCCCGAGAGAGGCCUUCCUCGCCUGCUGAAUCCUUACGCCCAUCCACUGUUGAAGAUGAGCGGCCUACCACCCAGCCCGAGCUCCCAGCCUCAUACAACAUGGCUGCCCCUCUGAAUGACGCAGAACUUGUGGCCCUACUAAUGGCGAGCCCACUGUACCAGAAACUGGAGAGCAUUAAGACCCAGAUAGAGAAGGGAGCACACAAGGGUGACGGAAAGGACAAGACUGAAGGAGAGGUAUUCCAGGACACAAAAGAUCAGGAGUGGACCAGUGAUUCCAAACUUGAACCUGUGGACUUGAACAGGCUUGAUUCCCGCAAGUUUAUCGUGUACAAGUUUGGAUGUUUUGUCACCGAACUGGUGGCCGCUCACUGCCAGCAUGCCCCUGUCACCCUGCUGCUGGCUGAUAAGAUCCCGCCCAAUGAGAGGCUUAGGAACAAUGCCUACCGCAACUCCUUCUAUUUCGACGCCAACAACAGUAUCCUGUACCUGCGCACAGCUCGGCUGGAGACUGUCGGAGAGUUUGUUGUAGUCCUCAUGCACACCUUGGCUCACAUCAAGGCUGGUGACUUGAGGAAUGACCACAAUCCGAACUUUGUGAAGGAAUAUCAUCGCGCCCUGGCAGUUGUCUGUGACGACCUGUUCUUUGCCCGAUUCAGGCGUAAUACUCAAGGAACAAUCAAGAAUGAGCCAUCAUCGCUGGAGGGUGGUGUGAAGCUCCUACAGCAGAUGUUUGGUCAGUGCCACACAGAAGACGAGAAGAUUAAGAUGGUGGAUGACCUACUUGACGUCAAACUGCUGCCUUCAACCACCGCUGAGGGCAUACACUUUAACACCCAGAGACUCAAAGAGAGGUUGAGUCGCUACUCUAGUUUCUCAAUGACCAACAAGCUGCACACAAUGUUAGGCAGUAUGGAGGAUAAGGUACACCAGUCGAAGACCCAAGGGACGACACACAAUGUCGACCAAUCACUCCUCACCCUUGCCAACAAAUACUCUCCACCCGGUACAACUCCUCUGAACAGGAAGUUGCCUCUGCGUUUUAUGACAGCCAACAUGACAGGUCAUGCUCUCUGGCAGACAUUCGCAAACCAUGCAGAGCUGGAGGAACCAGACACUGGCGCCAUGCCUGAUCCUGUAUCCCCAGAAGACAAGUAUGAUGAGCUGUGUGCUGACUUCUCCGAUGUGAACAAAUCAAUCCUUGACCUCCAGGCCCAGGUUCAACAGCUCACAGACGAGGUCACAGCCCAGACAGAGGCUGCAGAGAGAUCAAGGUCGGGCAAGAAAAGUCAGCCACAAGCGUCAAGGUCGGACAUCAUCGGGCAAGCCAAUGAGAAGCUUGCUCAGCUGCGGGCGGAGCUAACCAAGCUGGAGAUGAAGAAAUCCCAGAUCAUGGCUCACAUGGACAAAGUGCAGCAGUAGACUGACAAACUAACAAACUUACAAGUGAAAUAUAAAACAUGAACUGACUGAAAAAAGCUAGUGUUACUUCUUUUACAUUUCUAUUUACUCCUUCAAGCAUUUUAUAAGAAAGUGUUGUUUUUAGAAAGAAACAUUGACUCAAUUUAGGGCAAGGCAGUUUUUGUUUUUUUUAAUGACAAUGAGGCUGAUUAUAAAGAAUUUGAUUGUAACAUAAACAUUCCAUUGCACCUGUUGUCUGUCUAUGCUGUAUGUACUAACUGUCUUUAUUGUGUAUGAUGAUUCUCAGAUGACUGGGAAGAACUAAGCUGAUCUAUGCAACUUUUGUUUAACACCUGAUCUGUCUCAGUGUUUCUUUGUUUUUAUACUGUACUUACUCAUGACAUAUUGUGUUGUUGAUAGUGCACUGUGUCCACAAGAUGUUGUAAAUGUUUCCAACUCAAUACACUAAUAUAAAACUAUUCAGUUGACCUGAAUGCAUUUAAAGAAAAUUCUGCAUUUAUUUAUGUUAAAGUUUAUUUAUUUUGAUAUACAUUUAUUUAUUUAUUAUUCAGUUUAGAUAUUUCCGUCCAAAGUUUAUAUAUUUUCAAAUGGUAAUAUUUUUUUAUCAAAUCUGUGAUAUGAGUGUCUGUUGAUUUUGUAAGUGUGUUAAUUCUAAUUUUCUAAAAAUGAAAAAUGAUUUAAACUGCAGUGGUUAUGAUAUUGUUGUGAAUGUGUUGUAGAGUAAAUGUCCCCUCUUGUCAGAUAUAUUUCAUUUCUGGAAUAAUGAACUGUGAUUUCACAAACAUCAGAUAAAUCAUUCAAUUCCUUCUUCUGAUCUUUAUAUAACAUACCUUGUUAACAGUUUCUUUACUCUUGUCAACAAAACCUAACAGUUAACAAAAUGUUUUCAACUUACAAUAUCUAUGCAAACUUAACAGAAAAACAAACUACUUAAAUGAAAGUGACAGUGUAUGAAACUAGAGAAGCCCAUAUUUUCAAUAUUUCUUAUUUCAAGUAAUUUGGUUGUAACAUCUGAUUUUUUAUAAAAUUUUGGUAUAAAAUCUCAUCGAACAAUAAAGAUUUUUGCUUCUGA